AUGUACGCCGAUCUUCCAGCAGCUGAAAGAUUAAACAGCCCACCCUAGUCGAGCAACCACCACCCCUCGACGCAACAAACAGUCCAUCAGCCAACCUCUACAUCGCUCCAGGGGGGGCGGCCAAAGUUCUACCAUUGCUCCCACGAUUCGACAGAGUCAACCAUUGGUUAUAAUUUGAGACACAGUAACAUGGCCCCCAAACGCAAGGAUGGAACAUCUUCCAAACCCACCUCGGCCAAUGCAGCGGCGGUCGAAAAGGCCGCCGACCCGGUCUCGGCUCCCAGUGGCGAGGACGAGGCCAGUGCGCCCAAGAAAGGCAGAUUCGUCAAGCAAGACCCAGGUAUGACCGCCAAACAGUUCGAAGAGUCGGCCAAAAGCAUGGCCAUCGCGUUCGGCGAGGGCGCCGAAUUCGGGAUCAUCACCGCCGAACCCUCCACGUUUUCCACUGGUAGUUACGGCUGGAAGGCCAACUCGAAGAUCCGGGUCAAAGUGAACGUGGACGGGGAAGAGAAAGAAGUACAAGUAGUGGUUGGCUUGAACAUGACGGUUUCAGGAUCCAAGCCGGAUGCCAAGAAGCCCGCGGUCUCCAACGGCAAGCCGCGCGGCAGACCGAGGAAAAACCCGGUGACUGAGGAAUGAAAGGUCGCAGGUCCUGAACAGAGAGUCACGAUCCGCUGUUGUCUCUCUAUUUGAUGAGAGAAGCUGAACAUAAGCAGCCAUCAUCCUCAUCCGCUCCGCAUUCGUGCUCGUGUUGUCGUGUGUGUGUGUGUGUGCAGAGAUCAUGAAGACUGGGUACAAUGAGUGAAUGAACAUGCAAUUAAUCUGAAUACGUAUCUCCUCGAGCCUUCCUCCAUCAUCCAGUCCAUCCUUCCCCUUCUUCCUGAUCGUGGCGUAUAAACUGUUUGUGUGUGUGUGUUUAUGAGAGAGAGAGAAAAAAAAAACUUGACUGUAUACUUUCUUUUUUUCAAACAAAAAAUCCGGUUGAGCUCAUCUUUGUCACUUGCAAGCAUGAUCGGAUCUACUUGGCGUCGCCGAGAUACUGUAGGCAGCGUUCUUUCUCCAGCCGCCUCUCCCAAUAUCUGAAAGCUUGAGUAGUCUAGCCUAAAACACGUGCAUAUAUUGAUUCCCUUACUCAACAUGCUUGUUUUUCUCGAUCUUGAGCAGAAUCGAGCUCUCCAAUACGUCUCGUGAAUGCUCAACUUGAAGUGCAGGUACAUACUUAGAUGUUUCUUUUGGCCGAGAAACCGGCAUGAAUCUCAUGCUUUGUUUCAUCUUGGUCUAACUUUGUUGAAAUAUAUUGUUGGGAUGUCGAUUUCG